AUGCUUCAGGAGUACGAUGAGCUGGGAAGACUUCAGAGAACAUGCAAUGGUGAAAUAGCAGUCAACAAAUGCGAAGGAUCCUGCAAGAGCCAGGUGCAACCAUCUGUUAUCACACCUACAGGAUUUUUAAAGGAAUGCUACUGUUGUAGAGAGAGCUUCUUGAGGGAAAGAAUAGUCACCUUAUCCCACUGUUACGAUCCAGACGGUGUCAGACUAACAGCAGAAGGAAAUAACGCUAUGGACGUCAAACUUAGAGAACCGUCCGAAUGCAAGUGUUUCAAAUGCGGCGAUUUUAGCCGAUAA